GUGUGUGCAUAUAGUGAAUACAGGGCCAGUAUUCCAUCAUCCUCUCCUCUCUUCGCUCCACUCGAUACAUAAGAUCCGUUGCUAUUGGCAACCACAGACUACGGCUCCAGGUACUAGCCCUGUUGCCAUUUUCUGUCAUUACAACGGACAGCAUCGGUGCAGAACGGUGACGUUGUGUCACAUCAUUUUCUAGUAGCAAAAUCCUCAAUCCCCCUGCAUCCUGCAGUUUUCUGUUAUAAAACCAUUUCCAGUUCAGUAAAAAGUGUUCAGCAACUAGCAAAAAAAAAAAAGAAUGGCACCCCGAAAAGAAAAACCUAAACAAGAGCAGCAAGUGGCGCUGCUGAACGAUAAUCUGUUCACGUGCGUCCUAACGGCCGGCACCAAUGUGAAGAAAUACACUCGGCUGGUAGAAAAGAACGAGCAUCAGUUCGAUCUCAUGGAAGUGAGCAAAUUCGUUUUUGACCUCGUUCAAAGCCGUACCAAGCCGUUGGAUGUAAACGCCAAAAUCGUUUGCGGAAUGUGUUACAUUUUUCUGUUUAAUGUACAGAAACUUCGUGAUCGCAUACUAAUUGUGGACCAGAAACAUUUCAAGGGACGCAAAAUUGGUUACAAGGAAAAGAAUGUUGUUCGACAGUUUGAGGUUGAGUGCCGGCCGGGCAAAGAUGGUCGUCCCAAAGUGCCGAUAACCUUGGACGAAUUGUUAACCAUGGACAUCGACAUGCAUAUGGAAGCUGGCAGCGAGAAGGAUGUGAUUGAUGCGCUGUUGGCUAGCCAGCAAAGCACAACGGUACAAAACGUGGACGAUAUUACGCUGCGCGAGCUGCCGCCUUCGCUGCGCCACGAUGAAGAGUAUCAGGCGGUGGAUAAUGAUUUCGGGGAGGCGAGGUCUAAUGAGUUGUUGGAUUUUUUCAACGAUUCAGCGCAGGAACCGGAAACGGAACCGGCGUCCAUGAUACAUUCGGACUUGCCCGUUACCCAGGACGAUCUGAUGGAUAUCGAUCCUUCGCUAGAGCCAGAAUUAGAUGCAGUGGAUAGUGUUCGGGAUAGUGACAUCCUUCCAUUAGAAGAAGACACCUUGCAGCCAGUACCGAUGUAUGUUUCCGACGACGAAGACAAUAAGGACGGAAUAGAACUGAUUCCUUUGAAUGCUUCAUUUUAUGCAGUAAAAGAGGAAGAGAAUAGCAUUGACGAGACUACACAAAACCCUCCGAUCGAAAACAAUCUUAUCGGGGAGAAAAGACACGAAAUGGCUCCAACAAACGUCGUUCCCAAAAAGCGAUCGCGGCUAAUUGUGGACGUUUUUACGCAGAUCAGUACCAACUGCUUGUCACGACAGUUGGCAAAAUGUGCCAAAACGACCGUCACCAUGGAACAACCAAGGCAAGAGGUGCAAGCAUUUUUGGCUGAGCAAAAGCUGAACCAACUAUUCGCCGAACCAUUGCGCCCUUGGCUUCAUAGCUUCCUGUAUAAGCGGCACCUUACCGUCCGGAAGGAGAGAGCCACACACCUCUCUAAGUUUGAGUUUAGCAAGAAAAAAACAACAAAACGCGAUAAGAACGGUACUUGCAAGAGCAAUGCUCCGCAAACGGAGGAGGCACAAACGGCCGUAAUCGUUCCACCAAUUGAAACGUUUGCGCCGAUUGAAGUACCUACCGAGUUGCCGGGUGUUCCUGCAAUGGUUACAACGGCCGAACCUGCUCCGUGUGUUGAGCCAACGUACAAUAAUGCUCCAACGAGCAUGCGUAGCUUCCUGACGCGCUUUACUGGCAAUCCGGCGGAGUGGGAAUAUUUGAAAAGGACGGAAGAUCCACAUAGCGAAAAGCGGAAGGAUAAGAAGGACGAAGGCGUAGUGACGAGCCAUGCGUUGCUGGUAGUGCUGCGCUCCCUGUUCGAUGAGUUGGCGGACGAAUCCAUACCGUUCGAGAUGAUACAGGCCAAGAUGGGCAGCCGGCAAAUUGCUGCGUCGUUGUUUGCUAAGCUGUUAGAACUCUCCGCUACAAAAAUCAUACGUAUUGUGACGAAUGAAUAUGGAUUACCAGUAAUGGUGCAAAAGUUUCAAAACUGGCCACUUCAUUUUCGAAACGAUAAGGUCGUUACCUAGUUUUA